CUUGCUGGAUGCGGCGCCUUUUCUUCUCCCACUGUCGCGCGGUGGGAGCCGCACUGGGCCUCGCAGCUGCUGUUGCUGAGCUCCGCUCUAGUCUCGCCUCCUUGCAGCUGGAUCCGCUGACAGGUUUCUCAUCACUCUCCCAGAGUGACUGGUUCUUACGGUUACUCCUCUUAUUUUCUGGAAAGGAUCCCUCUGCGUCUCUCGCCGAUUUGCAUUAAGAAGCUGUGGCGUAACCAAGGAAACUGAAAAUGGCAGAAAUGCAAAUAGACCAAGAUCUGGCCCAGCGACUCUUUUUUGAGGGGGCCACAGUUAUCAUUUUGAAUGUGCCAGAAGGAACAGAGUUUGGUAUUGACUAUAACACCUGGCAAGUGGGUCCCAAGUUCCGAGGAGUCAAGAUGAUUCCCCCCGGUAUUCAUUUUCUACACUACAGCUCAGUUGAUAAGAACAAUAGCAGAGAAAAUGGUCCUCGCACAGGCUUCUUCUUGAACUUGCAACAGCGAGAUCUGCAGGUGUUGCACUGGGACCAAGCCAAAGAGGAAGUAGACCUCACUCCAGCACCUGAAAAUGAGACUGAAGCCAUGAGAGCUAACUUGCAAGAAAUGGACAAGUUUAUGGGUCCCUACCCAUAUGACACUCUGAAGAAAUGGAUCUCCCUCACUAGUUUUAUUAAUGAACCGUUGAUGCAAAAACUGCAACCAGAAAGUGGACAGGUAUGUGCCUUUUCGGAGGUGCUGCCUGUUUUGGCUGGGAAGUAUACUAAAGAUCGGGUCAAACAGAACUUGCCCCGGUAUGACACAGAGUGCAAAAGCUAUGCUGAAGGCCUGGCCAGGCUUCCCAAAAUGCAGGUGAAAGCUGGUACUGAGAUCAGGUUCACAGAAAUGCCUAAGCAAAUGUACCCUCAAGGUGCUACCCCUGAGGAAGUUACUAGGCACAGCAUGGACCUGAGCUAUGCCUUGGAGACUGUGAUCAACAAACAGUAUUCCACCAAUCCCCAGGAUGUGCUCGGGGAGUUGCAAUUUGCCUUCAUCUGCUUCCUGAUUGGAAACGUGUAUGAUGCAUUUGAGCACUGGAAAAAACUCCUGAAUCUCUUAUGCAGGUCUGAGGAUGCCAUAGCAAAGCAUCACACCCUGUUCAGCAAUCUCAUUUCUGUCCUGUACCAUCAGCUCAAUGAAAUCCCAGCUGACUUCUUUGUGGAUAUAGUUUCCCAAGACAACUUCUUAACCAGCACCUUACAGGUGUUCUUCUCCUAUACCUGUAGCCCAGCUGUUGACAGUACUCUAAGAAAGAAGGCAGAGAGAUUUAAGACUCACCUAACAAAGAAAUUCAAGUGGGACUUUGAGGCUGAACCAGAGGACUGUGCUCCAGUAGUAGUAGAGCUGCCAGAAGGGGUGCUCAUGGAUUGAAUGAGAAUCUCUCUACUUUGUUUUUAAAUUACUUUUUUGUAUUCUUGAACUGUGCCUGGUUCUGCUUUCAACCACGCUAGAUAUACUUCUUAAUCUGCACCAUGGAGGCAGAUCCAAGAAAUCCAUGAAGACGGCACACUUGGAACUGGAUAACAUUCUGGAACACAUGGAGCCAACUGCACCGAAAUCUAACACCAGUUUAAUUGAGAGUCAUUUUGUUCUUCAAAGGUUCAUUCCAGCUUUGCUAUUUGGUGUUCAUUUAUUGAACUCAGUUUCUUUGGUUGACGAAGCCACAUUUAGAACAACAGUAUUUCAGUCUGGACUCAUUUAGUCUGUUUUAUAAUUUUGAAAGUGGCAAGCCAAAUGGUCUUGUACUUAAAAUGAUGUGCGCCGUAGCACAUGUCUGAGCUGAACUAUGAUGAAUGAAGACACCUCAUAAACUGUGCAAGUGAAGAUAUUCAAACAACUCAGCUUGUCGUUCUUUGUAACUCUCAAGGUCAUUCUGUUGUAGAUGUUCCUGGUAGAGCUUUAAGAAGUUCUAUUAAUGUGUACCUUAUUAGGUGGUUACCUUGAUCUUAGUUACUUGGAAACAUAAGUAUCUCUAACUAAACACUGGGCAAUAAAACCCUUAUUAAACAGAUCUAUGUUAUGACAGACUCCUGCUAAGGGGAAUCUGCUCUGAACAGCUUAGUAUCUUUAUUUGGCAACCAAAACACCUCAACGUUUCAGCAAAAGCAUGCAUGCAGAAGUGACAGAUAAGUUUAUUGAAAGCAUUUAACUCUUUUUGUUAUCGUCUGCAUGCAUAAAUGUGCUGGAAAUACAUGCUAUUGAUUAUAUAUAGAAGUCCCAUAACAAAGUCAAGCACGGCUUGUCCUAGAAUUCUCUCUGUUCCAUCGUUUUUAUGCUCUUCUUCCCCUCCUCUGAUCUCUCAAGAGAGUUUCCCUGCAUCUUGUCAGAACAAUCCAAAUGCUCAAGGGAAGCAAACUUGAAAUUAAAAAAGAAGUAUAAAAUUUAAUCAAUGCCUAUAUUUUGCCCAAGCGGAUACUAAAAGGCUACACUGAAUGUUCUUUUUACUUCUCUUUUCUUUUACAGGACAGGCAAGGGCUUUCUGUUGUUGCUUUGGAAAGGCCAUAAAACAGCCUGCAGCAAGAUCAUUGCCUGUAGUUACCUUGUAAUGCUUCCUCUCGGGUGCAGGAUGAUGGUGAAUUUUUCAGAAAAGAAUCCCUACUGCGUAGGAAUUAGCUGUCCAUCUCACUUAUUCCUUUCCAGGUUAUUAGGUGCCUUCGAGACUUGGUAUAUAUAUCUAACAAGAUAACCUGCCUGUUAGUCUGCAGCAUGCAAUAAAUCUGUGUUAAUUUUUCCUAUAAGAAGUCUCCACAGUCUUUUGUGUGUGAAACAUGGUAACGGUUGUGUGCUAUCGACAGUGCUGUGAUAGGGACAGAACACUUGUUUUUCUUUCUGAAUGUAAAGUGACUGUCCCAGGCCCAAGGAUAACUGGUGUUCAGGGGCUGUGCUGGCAUAGUUUAAUACAAGUUAUGAUUGACUGCAGGAGUUUCUGUGCUUUCAUAUAUACAAAACCAGUAAUGGAAAUCCAAUAAAAGAAAUCAGAUUCUAGUUCGA